AGAGAAGAGGUACAUAUAGAUUUCUUUUAGGUUCUCUAUUUUUGAAAAUUUAAGCUCAUUGGCUAGAAGUUUUACCUUAUUAUGUUCAUAAAACAAUAAGUUGAGAUGAGUUUAGACAAGUUCAUAACAAAUGUUUUUUACGGUAUAAAUGUGUGUAAUAUCGUAUAAUACUCCAUAGUAGAAUAGUUUUAUUGUUUUGAAAUUGAAAGUGAAAAGUCUUAUCAUUGGACACACUAUAAAUUUGUGGGUCUGAGGAAGUGCACCACAGUAGACCAGCAUUUCUACCUGCUACCAGCCUACCCUCAUCCUAUUCAACCCAACGUCUCUCUUUCUCUUCCACUUUGACUAAUUUGCAUGAGUUUCCUACCAAAAAAAAAAAAAAAAAAAAACGCAAUGGUGAUGAGAAUGCUCCUAGUCUUGCAGUUACUAAUUUUAGGAAUUGGGAAUGGUGUGAUCAUAAUCGAGUCGACUGACAAAAUAACAAGAUUACCAGGACAACCUUCAGUAGAAUUCCAGCAUUACUCUGGUUAUGUAACAAUUACUGAUGAUCAAGACGAAAUCAACCAAAAAGCUCUGUUUUACUACUUUGUUGAGGCUGAAAUUGACCCUCUUACUAAGCCUCUUGUUCUCUGGCUUAAUGGAGGACCUGGUUGCUCUUCACUUGGUGUUGGCGCUUUCUCUGAAAAUGGUCCUUUUCGGCCUACAGGAAAUCGCCUCGUUACUAAUCAGUAUAGCUGGAACAAAGAAGCAAAUAUGCUGUAUUUAGAAACUCCUGCAGGAGUUGGUUUCUCAUAUUCAACUAAUCUUUCCUUUUAUCAAACUGCAAAUGAUCAUAUUACAGCCAGGGACAAUCUCGCGUUUCUGCAAAAAUGGUUUCUCAAGUUCCCACAAUAUCAGAACAAAAGCUUAUUCAUUACUGGGGAAAGCUAUGCCGGUCAUUAUGUUCCCCAACUAGCUGAACUUAUGCUUCAAUACAACAAGGACAGACUAUUCAACUUAAAAGGAAUUGCAUUGGGUAAUCCAGUUCUAGAGUUCACAACUGAUUUCAAUUCACGGGCAGAGUUUUUCUGGUCUCAUGGAUUGAUAUCUGAUUCCACCUACAAUGUAUUUACUUCGGCUUGCAACUAUUCACGUUAUGUGGGGGAAUACUACCGAGGAUUUGUGUCACCAAUGUGUUCUAAGGUGAUGAGCUUGGUGAGCCGAGAAACAAGCAGAUUUGUUGAUAAAUAUGAUGUUACCCUGGAUGUUUGCUUGCCAUCUAUAUUCUCCCAAUCCAAAUUCCUUACUCCCCAUCAAGAUGGUGAGACAAUAGACGUUUGUGUGGAGGAUGAAACAUUGAAAUACUUGAAUCGGCAAAAUGUGCAAAAGGCCAUGCAUGCUCGUCUUGUAGGAGUCAAUUCAUGGACUGUUUGUAGCAAAAUCCUGGAUUAUGAGCUACUUGACCUGGAGCAACCUACUAUACAUAUUCUAGGCGAUCUCAUCAAGGCUGGAAUUCCUGUACUGAUUUACAGUGGAGAUCAAGAUUCGGUAAUUCCUCUAACUGGGAGUAGAACACUAGUUAAACGGCUGGCUGAUGAGCUAAAACUGAACACAACUGUACCAUACAGAGUCUGGUUUGUGGGGAUGCAGGUUGGUGGUUGGACAGAAGUGCAUGGAGAUGUCCUAUCUUUUGCCACAAUACGAGGAGCAUCUCAUGAAGCUCCAUUUUCUCAGCCAGAGAGGUCACUUGUGCUGUUUAAAUCUUUUCUGGAGGGUAAGCCUCUUCCUGAAGUAUUCUGAUCUACUUGAAUGAGUAAGCA